CUUUGACCUUGAUAUCUACCACGAAACAUCUUUAAAUGAAAGGGACACCAGGUAUAUAAACAGGAACAGGUUUACGUACGCUUGUACAGUUUGUAUACUGUUCCACAGUUGAUCAACAUGGUGAGCGAGGCAGCGGAAAUCUUUCGCCGUUCCUACAACCCGGAAACAGUGCAGCUGACCGGUCCCGAUGUCGGAGUGGUGGUGGCGUACUUUGUCGCUAUUUUGGCCAUAGGAGCGUUUGCCAUGUGGCGGUCAAAUAGAGGGACGGUCAGCGGGUACUUUUUGGCGGGAAGAUCUAUGACCUUCAUUCCGCUGGGAGCCUCCCUGUUCGUCAGUAAUAUUGGCACGGAGCAUUUCAUAGGUCUCGCGGGAUCUGGAGCCGCAAACGGGAUUAGUGUCGGUGCAUGGGAGUUCAAUGCGAUUCUGCUGCUACAGCUGCUGGGCUGGAUAUUUAUACCUGUGUAUAUAGCAUGUGGGACGUACACAAUGCCGGAAUACCUGUCGAAGAGGUUUGGAGGGAAGAGACUCCGGGUCUACUUCGCUGUCCUCUCUCUUAUCCUCUAUAUCUUCACCAAGUGUUCCGGAGACUUGUUUACCGGCGCCCUGUUUAUCCAGCAGUCUUUGAGAUGGGACCUUUACACCAGCAUCUUCGUCCUUGUUCUCAUCACCGGGAUCCUCACCAUGACAGGCGGACUAACGGCCGUGAUAUACACUGAUACUCUACAGGCCUUACUGAUGGUGGGCGGGGGCCUUACGCUCAUGGGCAUCGCGUUCUCUAGGGUUGGGGGCUACGAUGGUAUGGUUAGGGGCUACAAGACAUCAAUGACAAACGAGACCUUCCGAAUUCCGAAUGCUACAUGUCACGAACCAGACCCUAAUGCCUUCCGAAUGUUGCGCGAGGCUGAUGACGAUUACAUGCCCUGGCCAGGUUUUCUUCUCGGCCAGACACCGGGCUCAAUCUGGUACUGGUGUGCAGAUCAGGUGAUCGUACAAAGAUUGCUAGCCGCUAAGAGCAUCUCUCACGCACAGGGCGCCACCCUGAUGGCCGGUUUCAUCAAGAUUCUCCCCCUUUUCAUGAUGGUCAUGCCCGGAAUGAUUAGCCGAAUUCUGUAUGCAGACGAGGUAGCGUGUGUUGACAAGGACAUCUGUUACACGGUGUGUCAGAGCUACGCUGGCUGUUCUAACAUCGCCUACCCAAGGCUGGUGCUAGGAAUCAUGCCGGAAGGUUUGAGGGGACUGAUGAUGGCGGUGAUGAUAGCGGCCCUCAUGAGUGACCUUGACUCCAUUUUUAACAGCGCGAGCACUCUCUUCACCAUCGAUAUUUAUAAGAGGAUCCGAAAAACUGCUUCCGUAAAGGAACUUCUCAUCGUGGGCAGGGUUUUUAUCCUGGUAAUGAUCGGCGUCAGCAUUGCCUGGGUACCCAUCCUAAAAGAGACCCAAGGGGGCCAAGUAUUUAUAUACAUACAGGAAAUCACUAACUAUCUGGCCCCGCCCUUCGCCGCUGUCUUCCUCCUGGCGGUAUUGGUUCCCCAGGUCAACGAGAAGGGGGCGUUCUGGUCGCUAAUGGUGGCGCUGAUUGCCGGGAUCACCCGGAUGGUGUUGGUGUUCGUGUAUUACGACAGUGGGGACUGUCUCCACCCCGAUCCUCGCCCAGACAUCAUUAAGAACUUCCACUAUAUGUAUUUCUCCCUCUUCAUCACACUCAUGACUGCAGCCCUAGCAAUCAUCAUCAGCCUUUUAACCGGCAAACCGGACCCAAAAUAUAUUCAUCGAACCACUUUUUGGACACGGUUCCAGAAAGCUCUCCCCAAGGAUUCCGAGUCGGGCCAAAGUCGGAAGGGAUACGACAACCCCGCACUAAGUACAGAAGACAUCGCUCUCCAAGUCCCUUUCCAGAUGACAUUAGGGGUCAAAAGGGUCAAAGACGCAACGGAAACCAGGAAAGUUUUCCGGGACCCAGGAUUGGACAAAGGGCGACCUCCACCAGAACUAGAAGGAAAGACUUCAUGCAAAGAACAAUUGGUACAACUUGUAUGUGGAUUUGGCGGGAAAGGAGUUGACGAAGAAAAGGAACGCGCCAUGCAACUGCACAUGGAGAAAGUGUCGGAGUUAAAACAGGACCCCCGGGCACGUGCAGUGUUAACUAUAGGUCUGGUGGUGAUACUACUGUGUGGGACCGCUCUCUACAUAUUCUGGUCUUUCUGGCAGUACACACCUUAGGCAUGCUAAUGUUGAGUCAGAGCUUCAAGAUCCACUAACUACAGCUAAAAAUUGUUAAAACAUGAAAAUUAAAAAAAAAAAAUAAAAAAUGGAAACCUGACUAUUUCAUGAAUCUUAUGAAAGUGAUAAAAAUAGAUACAAUAAACAAAUUCCUACUAACAAAAACAACAUUCCUAAUGUACAAAUCAGCGUGGCAUGACCAGGAUUCGAACCCGGAAUUGCGCUCUUACUAACUGAGCUACAUGUUCCUGAUCAUCGGACGUGCUUUGGUCCAACUGUGCUCUACAGUUACAUCAAAACGAAAGUUAAGGAGGGAUUACUGUAUAUACGAACCCAUAGUGGAUUCUCAUGUGGCUUGCAUGCAGUUGAACAGGAAUCCGUAAUUGUACAUUAGUGGCUAAAUAUAUAAUAGUGGCUACGCUGUUUUGGUAUAAUGUUUAUUGGUAGCAAUGCGGAUUGGUAAGGUGCACAAGUGGUAGCUUUAAGGACUCGCACAACUAAAUCAUUUAAUAUAUGUUAUUACUAAGAUUUUUAGCUUAAAGCUAGUUCAACACUAGUGA